UUUGCUUUGAUCAUGUUUGGACUUUGUAUAAUCGGGCGUAUAGUCUGUGGCAAUGUUCUUGUCGUUGUCGAGAUGUUUAAUCUCCUCAGUCAGACUUCUCAGAGGUCAGCGCCCUUCUGCUUCUCUCGCGCGGUUAAGUCGGUGAAGAUGGCGAUGUGUGCGGCGCUCCGGUGCGUUUCGGCAGCAUUGCCCCUGCUCACGAGACCCGCACCUAUCUGGACGUGCCAAAAUUCGCUGAGACCAAACAUUUUAAGGACGCUUUACACGAGCUCACGGCUUUCGGGAGCUCUGAAGUUUACAGACAAACACGAGUGGGUACGAGUGGAUGGGACUGUGGGCACGGUUGGCAUCAGCAACUUUGCUCAGGAAGCGUUAGGUGAUGUGGUAUACUGUGGGCUACCAGAAGUGGGAACAAAGCUUGAACAAAUGGAGGAGUUCGGUGCUUUAGAAAGCGUCAAAGCUGCUAGUGAGUUGUAUUCUCCACUGAAUGGAGAGGUGACUGAAAUCAACACAAAUCUGACGGAUAACCCGGGACUAGUAAAUAAAGCCUGCUAUGAAGACGGAUGGUUAAUUAAGAUGACCAUAGAGAAACCUGCAGAACUUGAUGAACUCAUGGAUGAAGCUGCUUAUGAAAAAUUCAUCAAAUCACUUGAUUCAUAAAGGUGUUUAGACCUUCCUGGUUUGUUAUUAUUGAUCAUUCAGAGCUUUUAAGGAUUCACAAUGGCUACCUUAGAAUGCUGGUGGUAGAAUUAGUGCUAAUACAGUUCUUUGAAAUCUAUUUAUUUUGGUUUUGUAAUUUUCUUUUCCACCAAAAUAAUCUUUUGUAAUGUGCUAGUUUAACAGACUCGUGUAUUUUGCAGUCAAAAGCCAAAUAUUUCAAGGUCUUUUGGAUAUAGUUUGAGGUGCUUUACAUGGACUCGAACAAAGAGAGGGCUGGUUCUGCUGAUUGUCUUAAAUAGUAUAUUUGUCAAUAUAACGUAUGUGAUGUUGACGUAACAUGACAUGCAAUAAAAUCAAAAAUGUAA